UUCGAAAUAUGCUCAAAGGCCUUCUAUGCAUUAUAUAAUUUCAUAGACUGUAGAGCGAAGCCAUUCAUAAACUUCCCUUUUUAAAAAAGUAUUUCUAAACAAAAUGGCGUCGUUUCCAGCGUGAGUGUAGAGAAUUUGUAAUUCGUUCGUGUGUAAAUUACAAAUUUGCGUUUCUCAUAUUUUAAAACUUACUACUGUAUUGUUACUGAACUUUGUGAUUAGUGGUUAAUUUAACGUUACAUUCUUUGCCACAUACGAUUCACUAGUGAACUCUAUCAUGAGUAAUUACGAGGAUGAUCAAAGCGAGGAUGGAGAAUUAGCGCGUAGCCCUGUUCAAGAUGAAAUGGAUUUUAGUUUGUCUGAUGAAGACCGGGACAAUGCUGAUUCCCUCAUAAUCAAGCCCCCUCAAGCUGUGAUUCGUUCAUCACACAGGGAUAAGAGAGGUCAUAAACGAACCAUGAAGGAUAGGUACAAAGACAAUGCUAGAAAAGAAAAGAAACAUCUUUACAGGGAACGGGAUAAGUCUGACAAAUCAAAACGAGAAAUUAAUAAGAAUCCUGAUAGGGAGGAGAUGGCCAAAGAGUACUAUAGAGAAAAGCAAUAUUAUAGGGAGAAAGAAUUGUACAGAGAAAACAAAGAGGCAUUUAGAGACAAGGAAGCAUAUAGAGAGAAAGAAGCUUAUAGAGAAAAAGAAAUGUAUAGAGAUAGUAAUAAAGAUAACAUGUACAGGGACAAUAAGGAUAUUAGAGACAAAGAAAUGUAUCGUGAAAGAGAGAUGAGAGAAAAGGAUAUGUAUAAAGAAAAGGAUGUUUAUAGGGAAAAGGAUACGUACAGAGAGAGGGAGCAUUACAGGGAGAGAGAAAUGUAUAGAGAUCCUUCUUUCAGAGAACCUGCUCGCUCUAGAGAAGCCUAUAGAGAGAAGGAGAUGGCAUAUAAAGAAAAAGAGAUGUACAAUAAGGACAAAGAAAUGCAAAGAGAUGUAUACCUUGGCCGUGACAGACAAUAUAAAUACUCUGAGCAAGACAGAAAACGCUCUGACAAUAAUGAAAGAAUAGAAUCUAGAUUAAGAUCAUUAGCUGAAGAAGGCCAUACUAAUCAAAAUAAUGAAAAAGAAAACAGGGAUAGAACAUCUGGAGAUAAAGAAUUAGAAGACUUAAGAACAAGAUUACUGAACAAGAGAAUAACCAAAGAGUUGCAAAGCCAAGAUGGCAAGAAAAGUUCAGAGUAUUAUGAAAAAGAAAGUAAGUCAUCAUCUCGCCACUCAUCUCUUGAUAAACAUCAGGAACACCGGAAAAAUAAAGUCUUGUUUGCAGAACAUGUUGUUUCAGAUAAAGAGAGGGAAAAGCGAAAACAUGAAUCGCGCACUGAGUUGGAGGCCAGACGACAAGAGCAUCGUCGCCGCGGGAAGAAACGUUCCGUAUCACCUAAUGAGACUGCUACAAAGAAGACCAAAACUGCAGAAUCUCCCGACUAUGGCGAUUCUGUAGUUACAGUCUCCGAUUCUAGUGAUAUCGAAAUGAAAACUGACUCCCCCCACUCAGAGCCUGAAGAUGGUGAACACACAAAUAGUGAAACAGAGGAAGACAGUUCAUGCACUGAGUCAGACUCUGCAGCAGAUUCUAAGUCUGAAGCUGAAGAUGAACAUAAUGAUGAAGAAAAGUCUGAAAAAGAAGAAAAAGACAAUGAAAGGAUCAGUGAUAAGACUAGGCCUCCAUCAAAAUCUAAGUCUCCUAGCCCUGGCCUGACUAAGUCUAAGCCUGCAUCACUACAAUCCUCUCACGGAUCACACAGAUCAUUGUCUAGAUCCAAAAGCAGAAGCAGAUCACAUUCGUUUUCGCCACCUCCUCCCGGAGAGAAUGGAAAGUCUACAGAGGAGGAAAAACCUAAUGAGGAUGAUGAAGAAACCAGGCAAAGGGAAGAAGCUAUUAAUGCUCUUCCUCCUUACUACCCUGCGUUACAGGGUUGUCGAUCCGUUGAGGAGUUUCAAUGUCUCAAUAGAAUAGAGGAAGGCGCCUACGGAGUUGUUUACAGAGCCCGUGAUAAAACUACUGAUGAAAUUGUUGCUCUUAAAAGACUUAAAAUGGAAAAGGAGAAGGAAGGAUUCCCUAUAACCUCUUUGAGAGAAAUUAACACAUUGUUGAAGGGCCAGCACCCGAACAUAGUCACGGUGCGGGAGAUAGUCGUAGGCUCUAACAUGGAUAAGAUAUUCAUAGUGAUGGACUACGUAGAACACGACCUGAGGAGUCUCAUGGAGACCAUGCGAGGAAAGAAACAAGUAUUUUUACCAGGGGAAGUGAAAUGUCUGAUGACGCAACUACUGAAAGCUGUUCAUCAUCUCCACGACAAUUGGAUCUUGCACAGAGAUCUUAAAACCAGCAAUUUGUUAUUAUCGCACAAAGGUGUAUUAAAGGUGGGUGAUUUCGGUUUGGCGAGAGAGUAUGGCUCCCCGCUGCGCCAGUAUACGCCCAUCGUAGUGACGCUGUGGUACCGCGCGCCUGAACUGCUGCUGUGCUGUAAAGAGUACUCCACUCCUAUCGACAUGUGGAGCGUCGGCUGUAUAUUCGCCGAAUUUAUUACUAUGAAUCCAUUAUUUCCCGGAAAGUCUGAAGUGGAUCAAUUGAAUAGAAUAUUUAAGGAUUUGGGUACACCUUCAGAGAUGAUUUGGCCAGGCUACAAUGAAUUGCCAGCCGUCCAAAGAAUGACCUUUGCUGAACAUCCAUCGGGUGGGCUGAGGCAAAGAAUAGGCUCAGAUCUACUGUCAGAGACAGGAUUAUCUUUAUUGCAAGGCUUCCUAACUUAUAAUCCUGUUAGAAGAAUAACAGCGGAUGCUGCCCUGGAACAUGCCUAUUUCAAGGAGCAGCCGGUGGCGAUCGAGCCGGCGAUGUUCCCGACGUGGCCCGCCAAGUCGGAGGGCAACCGGCGCAGCACGCACAGCCCGCGGCCGCCGGCGGGCGGCGCGGCGUACGCGCAGUUCGCCCGCGCGGACUCGGACGAGGCACUCGGCUUCCAGCUGCACCAGCGCUCGCUCAACGUGGCGCCCGGCUUCUCGCUCAAAUUUUAGCGACGGCGACUCGGGCGACGCUCGAAUCGAUAGUCAACAUACGCCUACAGUCAAUAUUGCUGUGUAACAUUGUAUUACCUAGCUUCGUAAUUGUCGACCUACGCCCGACUACUCGGAUGUAAGAUGUAGUAGGUACUUUCAUUUCUAGUACCGUUACCGUUACUGCGGCGAUGACGAAAUUUUAUUUGCAUCGCGUUAAAUUUCAAUGUACCGUAUGCAGGGGAAUAACAAAUUCUUUACACAUCACACACUGAACUACUAUUUUUUUAAGGAAAUGUGAUUGCACAGGUGAGAGAGUUAAAAAAAACUGCCAUUUGUAUAAGUACUGUAUAUUACAACAAAAUCAUGCGUUACAACAUUACAAAAACUGCAAUGAAAAGCUCAUGUAUAUAUAAUAAUUGUUAUUUGAUGUACUUAUGGAAUACAUAAUUACUUCUAGCCUUAAUUCAUUAUGACACUUAGCCAUUGUUGAUGUAUGUAUAUGUAAAAUAGCAUAAAAUAAUAUUUUUUCAUUAUUGAUGUAAUCUUAUGUAAUUAAUAAAAGGAGUCUAACGCUCAAAGUGUAAAACCGAUUGAGUAAAUAGCGUUCGACCUCUGAGAUCGAUCUUUGAAAAUGUUGAAUGCACAUGUUACAAACUAAUAAUAAAAUUCAACAUUCGUGUGUAGUUCAGGUUACACAGUGUAAAUACUAAAUACCUCUUAUUCUUAGUGGUGUACCUCGAUGCAGGUGGAAUUAGUGUAGAAUUAAAAUAUGGUACAAUAAUUAUAUGUUUUCAACAGAAA